AUUAUGAUCCCGCCAUGAGUGGUUACGUUCCUUUUUCCUUUUUUCUUUUUUCAUUUAAUUUAUUUUACAAUCCUAAUUAUUGACAAAACAUAAACAAGGAAAUUUAAAAAACACUAUCGAAAGCCUUUCGUGUUCGAUCUUGGAAACCCGCAGGAUCUCCCGUUGUUGUAAUAUUCUCUGCGAAUUUUUCCCUUUGGAAAUUCGAUUUGCUUCCAAACUUGCUGGAGAGGGAGACCGUGGGAGAGAGAGAUUGCCAUAAUCCAUGGCGAUCUUUGGUGCAAAACGGGCAGUAUUUGGAUUCUGGUGUUGCUUGUUAUUGCUUUUGGUUUACACGAGGAUUUGUGUGUCCGCCAGAUCUGACAAGGAGAUUAGGGAGCGGUUUUACGGGAAUUUGUUGAAUUCCUCUGCGCCUGAUAAUGGAGAAGGCAGUAUAGCCCAAAUGUUUGAUCGAGUUCUGGAGAAAGAGUUCUCCGAAAAUGAUCAGCCUGAAGGUUCUGAUGGAAGCAGCUUCAACAGCAGUGUAGCUGAUCAACAGGCUGUAUUGGAGACUGUUGCUAAGAUCACUCAUGACAAGCCCAAGAAAAAUGAUACUCAAGAGGCUAAUGGAACAAAAUCAUUCCAGUUUCCAAAUGUGUUUUCACUUGAAAAUGAAGAUUCUGAGGACAUGACAACACUUAUUGACAAAAAGGAUAAUGUAUUUGUCAUGUCAAACAAGAAAUCCAAGUACCCGGUACUUCAAGUAGAUUUGAGAUUAAUUUCAGAUCUGGUUGUUGUCAUAGUUUCUGCUGCCAUCGGUGGGAUUGUUUUUUCUUGUUUGGGACAGCCGGUCAUUGUGGGCUAUCUUCUUGCGGGUUCAAUUAUUGGACCGGGAGGUCUGAAAUUCAUUAGUGAGAUGGUGCAGGUUGAAACUGUGGCACAAUUUGGUGUUGUUUUCCUUCUUUUUGCUUUAGGGCUGGAGUUUUCUAUGACAAAGUUAAAAAUUGUUGGGCCUGUUGCUGUUCUUGGAGGGCUACUUCAAAUUGUGAUAUUUAUGUUAUUGUGUGCCAUAACUGCUGUGUUAUGUGGAGCUAAGUUGUCCGAGGGCAUUUUUGUGGGCUCCUUCCUGUCAAUGUCAUCGACUGCAGUGGUGGUGAAAUUUUUAGUUGAACGCAAUAGUAGUAGUUCUCUUCAUGGUCAAGUGACAAUUGGAACGCUUAUACUUCAGGAUUGUGCUGUUGGUUUGUUAUUUGCUUUGCUUCCCGUCUUGGGUGGCGGUAGCGGGCUGCUUCAAGGAAUAAUUUCAAUGGGCAAACUGUUGGUGGUGUUGUCCAUAUUCCUCACUGUUUCAUCUAUAUUGUGCUGGUCAUUUGUGCCUCGCUUUCUCAAGUUAAUGAUACAGCUGUCAUCUCAAACAAAUGAACUUUAUCAGCUUGCUGCUGUGGCCUUCUGCUUAUUAUCUGCUUGGUGCAGUGACAAGCUUGGCCUUAGUCUUGAGUUGGGUUCAUUUGUGGCUGGAGUCAUGAUAUCUACCACUGACUUUGCGCAACAUACCUUAGACCAGGUGGAACCAAUUCGUAACUUGUUUGCAGCUCUCUUCCUUUCCAGUAUUGGAAUGCUCAUACAUGUACAUUUUCUGUGGAACCAUGUGGAUAUAUUGCUAGCUUCUGUGAUUCUUGUUGUAGUGGUUAAGACAGCUGUUGCUGCUAUGGUUACUAAGGCCUUUGGUUAUGGCAUGAGAACAUCAUUCCAUGUUGGAGUAUUGCUUGCUCAAAUUGGAGAAUUUGCUUUUGUUCUCCUAAGCCGUGCCUCAAAUCUUCAUCUUGUUGAGGGGAAGAUGUAUCUUCUUCUUCUUGGAACAACAGCUCUUAGUCUGGUAACAACUCCUCUUCUAUUCAAAUUGAUACCUAACGUCAUGAAUUUGGGCGUUCUAUUGCAAUGGUUUCCAUCAGAAAGCGGCAUGCAGAAUGAGAAAAUUGCUGGUGUUAUCCCUAGAAAGCUAAACCGCAGUUUCUUUACUGCCGAGUUGUUGGCAUCGUAUUUCCCUGGGAAGACUCAUAUGAAGUGUUCUUUUGAACUAUGUAAGGUUUUCAUAUGUUUUUCUUGGCUUUAUAGUGUAAUUCUGGGCACUUUUAGUAGUAGUAGGCUUGGUGGACUCCAUUACCCAGUUCACAUCAUCGCAUCAUUGAUCAUAGGUUACGAGGGGGAUGCCAUUUGUGGUGUUCUCAUGAAAAUUGUGAAGAAUCUUGAAAGAACAUCUGGAAUGAAAUAAUGGUUGUAUCUGGUUACAGGAGAGAGCUUCCAUGAUUGAAACGCAUAACAGAUUGUUAUGACCUGGCGCGUUUUACAAUCUGGAUAUAUCAGGAAGUAAAGUUAGAAGGCCUCAGCAGUUUGUAAAUAUAUGGGUUUCACUCGCCGCCGCUUCCUUGGUCAGAUUUCAGAUGGGCCGUCAGAAUUUCAGUUCCAUUAACAAUUUAGCUCCAAGAUUAUAAAAUCUUCAUAUUCAUUGAAUAGUGUGUAUAUAUAUUUUUUAGCCCACUUCUUAGUAGUGAUUUCUUUUGGCAUUCUGUUGCCGAAAAGCCGUUGUUGUCCUGGCAUAAUUAGAUUUUGUGAUCUAAUAUUCAUAUUUUGUAAGUGGGAAAAAGAGAGAUGUAAAGGAUAACGAUAGAUUACAUAGGGCCGGUCACCCCGGUUUUGGGCCGGCCACUUCUUUAGGCGGAUCACAGUUUCAAAUUGAUCCGGUUUAAUUUGAUUUUAUUAAAUUUAAUGGUUAUAUUAUUUAAAAUUUUCUUUUUCA